UCAUUGCAACAUCUUCAGCCACACAUGUCGAACACCGCAAACAUGCUGGCAGUGAUGCCGACGACGAUGACGACGAAUACGACGACGACGACGACGAUGACAACGAUGCUAUUGAUAAUGAAGAUGAUGAUCAUGAUGAUGGUGAUAGCAUGCUGGUCGCUGCUAACGAGACCCUGGCCCGUGCUUGUACUCGCUGGGGCCACCCCGCUGCAGUUCGAUAAGGGCAGUUACUUAAUAAUGCCACCCAUCCGUUCGAACGUGUCCAAACCGGAGGUAACACUCGUCAUCGUAUCGGAAGUUGGGAUAAAUUACACGGCUUAUACAACAUUGGGGCAAUACAUACAGAAACGCAGUCAGCUAAAGUUAUGGUUGGCACUUGUAAAUUUUGAUAGGAAUCUCGCAAGACUGGAGAAAAAUAUCAUAAGUUUAGCAGCCGACCUGGAGCAGUUGGGUAUGACUAGGGCAAACAUUUUCAUCGCAGGACAUGGAGAAGCAGGCAUCAGUGUUCAGAGGUUAGCCAACAGGAACCCCCAGCAGUUAUCCGGAAUAAUUUUGUUGGGUUCACUUCUUCAAAAUGGGACGCAAUUCGAAUACUUUGGAAUGAAUGUGUUGACAGUCGCUGGCGACCUGGAUGGUGUGACAAGGGUCACGCAAAUAGCUCAGACUUUUAAAGUGCUUUCACAAGAAGUCGAAAAGAACAGAGCAAUGCAAUACAAGGCACCAAUGGUCAUUGUGAAGGGCAUCAACCACGGAUCAUUUUCUAAUGAUAUCUUGCAAGAGGAUAUGAAACGUUAUGAUCUCACUGCUGAGCUACCAAUCAGAAAAUCGCAGAGGUUAAUAGCCAGAUAUAUCAGCUUGUUUCUAUCAUACACUAUUCGAGGGUCGAGAAAUAAGAAACAACGAGAGAGAAUGUCCAAGUGGUUCAGGAAAACUACCACGUUCCUUCAGCCGAUUCUUGAAAUGGAGAAGAUGGAGUUGAAUCGCUUUUACCAAUCACAGUGGCUCAAUAAUGCUCAAAUAUGGUUGUCGGGAUUGGGAGGAAACGACACUCAGUUUUUAAGGGUGAAAAGUUAUUCAGUUGAAGAAAAUGUCGGCAUAUCACCAGAUUUAUACAUACGAGACAAUAACGUACGCAUAGUCUACGUAACACUGUUUUUCUAUUUAAAACGAUGCGAGUAUCAGAGCGAUACAUAUAGUCAUCUCGCUCACUCACCUACUGAAAUCAGGGCAUUUAUGUUGAGUCAGAAACGUAUACAGUCCCACUUCUACAACGUCACGAGUGUCAGAGAUUUUACAUGCCGAGAUUUAAAUUACGCGGCGUUCGUCACGGCCCUCUCCAAGGUUCCACCUGAAGUACUGAAACGUUACUACGGGAAACACAAGGGCGCCAUCUUUCACGAAGACAUUCACAUAAACAAUGAAAACGAAUGGUGGCAGAGGAAGCUGCUUGUGAACACAACCGAACACGAACAACACGUGACCGCAUAUCUCUAUGAAACAGAAGUGGAAAGCGCAGGAAACGAAGUGGAAGAAGGUGGUGAGGGUGGCGGAUUCUUUUACUGUACACUUCUUCCCCCGAGUCGCGUCAUGGAGUGGAUUUACGUUGAUGCUCUGAGAAACAGCUACAACAGCGAAAUCAAUCAAAGAUUUUGUUAACAGAUAUACAGUGGACAGCGGUACAAAGAUUGUACUACAAGAAUUCGAAUCCAAAGAAUCAUACCGAAGUUCGGGCCUUCUCUCGCCCCCGCAUACACCGACCAUAUACAUGUGUUUGCAUGUGCAUAUAUGCAUGUAUUCACAUUUGUACAUAUACACAUAUUCAUGCACAACUAUAUAUAUGUGUAUGUGUGUGAGUGUGCGUGGGUAAAUAUGUAUAUAUAUAUAUAUAUAUAUAUAUAUAUAUAUAUAUAUAUAUAUAUAUAUAUAUAUAUAUAUAUACAUGUAUGUAUAUAUAUACUUUAUUAAAAAGCAGCAAAAUUAUCACAAAAACUGUUAGUUUCACGUUCCUUUUCGUCGGACAGUUUUAUAUAUGUGUGUGUAUAAAUAUAUAGGUAUUAGUCUGUACAUAUACAUUAAGUGCAUAUAUAUGUAUAUAUGUAUGGAUGUACAUAUGUAUACAUAUAUGUAUCUGUGUAUAUAUAUAUGCACAUACAUGUAUAUGCGUAUACAUACACAUACAUAUACACACAAAAGUUUUCUAUAUUCACAUUGUACACUCACACAUAUAAUAUAUCCCUAUUUUCCUUCUAAACCCCGUACACACAGAAAUACAUAUAUGAAUAUAUUCAUAUAUGAUUGUAUAUAGAGUGAGAAUAAAAUAGUGAGAGAGAGAAAACAUAGAAUACUUACACAAAAAAGAACAGAAACACGGACGGAAGAAAGACGGAAAGAAAGAAUGAACGCUAGAAAGGAAGAGAAAGAAAGAGAUGAAAUGCUCCUUUUUUUUUGUGUAUCUUGUUUGGUCCAUCAUAUUUAUAAUUCAAAAUACCAGUAAAGCACCA